AGUUUGUGUGGAACUUUCAGUGAGUCCGGACGUCUUUUAUACCACAAUUCCCUCGUCGGUCUGUUAGCGAAGAAGCAGUGUACAAUUCCGCGAGGAACGAAUUUAUUGACUCAAAUGUCUCUUGUGACGAAAGCACUUGGUGAUUGUGCUUCAACUUUUAGUGUUAACCAUCUGAGUGAGAAGAUAAAGUAAUUAUUUUUUAAGAGUGCUUUUGGUGCCCAAAAGUCCGUUGAAAAGUGCAUCAAAGUGUUGAGCCACUUGACUCGCUGUGGCUCUUGUGGUUUUUAUUAUUUACCAUCAACGUCUUCGGAGAGGUCUGACCUACUUCUUCGCCAAAAACCAUUUUUCAGCCAUUCACUUUCGCAUCCGUAGAAAAAGCGUUGAACAGGAAUUUUAGAAGAUUUCUCAGUGUUUUUUUUUCUGGGUAAGAAAAUUUUUGAGGAAAAUCCACCAACUUGGAGAAAAAAAAAGAGGAAAGAAACCUGAGUAAAAGAGAUUGUGCAAAAGUUAGUGGUGCGAAGAAUUUUGUGACUCUGCUGGAAGACAACACAAUAAAUUGCUCAAUUUUCAUUCUUUUCCCAAAGUGCGCGUGAAAAUUUUCUGAAUAUAUCUUUUACCCAGAAUUACUCUUAAUUAUUCUCGAAGGUGAAAGAAAAACGCAUUCAACAUCUUCGAAAGAAAAAAAAAUUAAUAUAAAAAUUCAUUGAAUGUGUUCCCAAUAGGAUUUCAAUAGUGAAAGCGAUUGGUGUGUGAAAAAAAAACAAGCUUAAUGCAGCACAACUUUUCCAAUUUAGUAAAAUAUUGAGAAAGGUGUAUGCCUAAAAUCGUGUGAGUCAAUGGAAAUUUCUGCAAGAGACCCCAAAAGUGUUCAGCCACCCUGCCCUCCACAACUGACAGAGUUAUUUGACCGGAACUGAGACGUUGCACUUGGCUUAAGACUGCUGGCUUCCAAUUUCAGAGACACGCCAGAACAGCUAAAACCCACGCCAAGAAACACCCACAGAACCAAGAAUUUACUUACAUCUCAAGGAUUUCUGCAUCCAGUUCUUGCUCUUUUGAAAUUAUGUGUGAAAGUUGAAUAAUUUAGUCCAAUGGUGAGGGUGUCUUAAGGAACAAAUCCCAUUUGAUCGAUCUUGGGAAUUUUUCACUGUGAUUCAAUCUUUUAGUGUAUUAAACCAUUCCAAAAUGACUGUCAAAGACUUAUUGAAUUGCCAUGGAAGUACAGUGGACAGAAGUGACAAAGAAUUGUGGGAAAAUGUUCAAAGCUCCACAAAACAUCGUAAGAACUUGAGGAAAAUUCCCCAUUUGAUACCUCACAUAGUCUUACUGCUAGUAUUUCUGCAAACUAUCGGAAUAAACAGUCAAGUUUGUGGCCCACCAGCAGUUCCCGCCAAUUCCCGCGUAGGAAUUGCAACAAUCGACAGUGGCUACGUAGAAGCCCGGUACGAAUGUGACUCUGGGUAUGAGCUAUUCGGGUCGCCCACAAUCAGAUGCGAUCCAAAACGUGGAUGGGACAAAGACAUUCCAUUCUGCGGCACAAAUGUCGCCUUCCGGAAACCCGUGAAUCAGUCAUCGGCCACAAGAGCGGGUCCCGCAAGUUUUGCCAAUGACGGGAAACUGGGCAACCAGAAUCCCGAUGGCCAAGAAUGCUCAGAGACACAAAAGGAACCAUCCCCAUGGUGGAGGGUGGACCUUUUGAUGCCACAGGCUGUUCGUGUGGUCAGGAUCACCACAAGAGGCUGCUGCGGCUUUCAACCCAUUCAGGAUCUGGAGAUCAGGGUUGGGAACAGCAGCACGGAUUUGCAGAGAAAUCCUCUCUGUGCUUGGUAUCCAGGCACAGUUGAUGAGGGCACAACAAAAGUAUUCACUUGUGCUCGACCCCUUGUGGGUCAAUUUGUGGCCAUUCAGCUGGUUGGAGUUGAGGGCAGUCUCAGUCUCUGUGAAGUGGAAGUCUUCACAAAUGACGAGUUCUCACCUGAGAGGUGUGCAUCACCGGAUUUAAGUGCAGACACGAUCUUAGCGUCAUUUUCACGCACGUGCUACGAAUUUCACGUGACUCGAGGGGAGAAUUAUGAUAGAGCAAGGAAGAUUUGCCAAACAAAUGGUGGAGAUUUGAUCCACAGUUUCCGUGGUCCAGCCCAUGAAUACAUCCUGUCCGAAUUGGACAGACGGAAAGCUGACCUGAGGACCCAAUUGGUGUGGAUAGGUGCCCAAAAGGAGCCCGGAAUUACGUCACGUGUGUGGAAAUGGGUCAACGGUGACGUGGUCCUAAAGCCUGCCUGGGGCAAGGACCAACCAAACAAUUACAACGGAGAGCAAAAUUGUGUGGUCUUAGAUGGAGGUCGAAAUUGGCUAUGGAACGAUGUAGGAUGCAACCUAGACUACCUUCAUUUCAUCUGCCAACAUGCUCCUCUAUCUUGUGGAUCUCCAGACUCCCUGCAAAACACUACGGUGUCCGGGAAGAAUUUCUCAAUAGGAGCUACUAUCGAAUACUCCUGUGCCAAGGGAUUAGCCAUGAUUGGAGAGAACACCAGAACCUGUGAACCUUCAGGACUAUGGAGUGGAUCUGCUCCUACUUGCCAAUAUGUUGACUGUGGAGAACUGACGCCAUUGGAACACGGUGGAGUGAUCCUAUCAGAACCUAGAACUACAUUUGGAGUUCAAGCUACCUAUUCCUGCCAUGAAAAUUAUACCUUGAUUGGGAAUGAGAACAGGACUUGUCAGCUCGAAGGGUGGUCAGGGAAGAAACCCCAGUGCUUGGUGGAUUGGUGUCCAGAACCCCCAUCGGUUACCGGAGGCUCAGUUAGGUUGUCAGGGAAGAGAGCAGGUUCAACCGCUACAUACAGCUGUGAUCCUGGACACGUUUUGAUCGGAGAUCCAGUUCUAUCUUGCGGAUUGGGAGGAGAAUGGACAGGAAGACCUCCAAUUUGCAGAUAUGUUGAUUGCGGGGCACCUGCAAGACCCGAUAGGGGCAACAUAGUUCUACUAAAUAGCACUACAACUGUAGGUAGUAUAGCUACAUUCCACUGCGACAGAGACUUUUGGCUAGUGGGACCACAAGAACUGACCUGCACGAGAGAGGGAAAAUGGAGCGGAGAUGCUCCAGCUUGUGAACUGAUAACCUGCGAAACUCCUAACGUCCCACCAGGAUCCUACGUCGUAGGCUAUGACUACAACAUUCAUUCAUCGAUUGAGUAUCAUUGUGAUCCUGGUCACUUGCUGAGGGGAGAACGACGGCUAACUUGCCUGGAAACCGGUGAAUGGAGCGGAGACGCUCCUUACUGUGAAUACGUCGACUGUGGACCCCUAUCCCCUAUUCCCUACGGUACUCAUAAGUAUUCGCAAAAUGCUACAUUUGUAGGAUCCGAAGUAACCUUCUCCUGCUCGAAUUCUCAUCGUUUGGCGGGUGUUGCGAAAAGAACUUGCCUAGAAACUGGAUUGUGGAGUGACGUAUCUCCCAAAUGCGAGGAGAUUAGAUGCCCCGAACCUACGAUAGCCGCUCAUAGCAUUCUGUCUGUUACGGGUAAUGAUCGCAUGUACGGAAGGACCUUGAUUAGAACAUCUGAUUCACCUCAAAACACGUUCCAGACUUACAGGAUCGGAGCCCUAGCUAAGUACAGAUGCGAAAGGGGCUAUAAGAUCAUGGGAGAUCCUUUGAUAACAUGCGAGGACAACGGACAAUGGGCUGGCCUGGUUCCUGAAUGCAUUUAUGUUGAUUGUCAGCAACCGGCUGGAAUCCAAAAUGGCAAGAUGACACUGGCCACAAAUGCUACCUACUAUGGAGCAGCAGCUCUCUAUGAAUGCGAUACAAACUACAAAUUAGACGGGGUUUCCCGGAGAUUGUGCUUGGAAGAUGGGACAUGGAGUCACGAGACGCCAAUGUGUAAAGAAAUCACUUGUGACGAUCCCGAUGUUACUGAAAAUGUCGUGGUUGACGCUGGGACACGGUCUGUUGGCACUGUGGCUCAGUUCUCCUGCACCAAAGGCCGCUACCUUGUGGGCAAUGGUACAAGAGUAUGCCUGAAGCAUGGUCAGUGGAGCGGAAAGAGUCCCAUCUGCAAACCUGUAGAUUGCGAAAGACCUCCUCCAAUUGAAUUCGGGAGGGUGAUUGUCGUCAAUGAUUCAACAGUCUAUGGGGCCAAUGCGGAGUACCAUUGUGUGCCGAAUUACCAAAGAAUCGGACCCUACCUGAGGAAGUGCAUGGAAACAGGGAAGUGGAGCGGAGAAGAGCCUAGAUGUGAACUUGCCACAAAUGAAGCUCAAGAGUCAACAGGCUUAGGAACGGGAAUAGCAAUUGGAGCAGCCAUUAUCGUAAUCCUCCUGGUGAUAAUAGGUCUGGUGGUUCUGCAUAAGAACAAAGCCCGGCCUGUUAAGAACACAGAAAAUGUCCAAGCAGCUGAGAGGAAGGAGGACGCCAAUGCUGCCGUGAUGUCCUACUCCAGCCUGGAAAAUAGUCGGCCUCCAGCAUCAUUUGAUCUCACAAAUCGCGCCACUUUUAACACAUUCCAGCCACAGCGUCCGGCAAAUAACAAUAACACCCCCACGGGUCGAUCGACAGAGAACAUCUACGAUCAAAUCCCAUCGGAGCAAUACUACGAUGCCCCCUAUGAAAUGCGCACCAAUGAUGAGGUUUAUGAGCCCGAACCCACCCCCACAUCCGGCAAUAUUGUCACAAUCAAUGGCAUCAACGUCCGGUGAGAUUCCUUUUGGGGGCAUCCUUUUUUCGAGUAUCCCGCGGCAAAAUGUGCGCAUUUCUAGCAUUCCAUCUCCAUUAACCAACCACUGCACUACGCUACCAUCUCACCUGUCAUCUCUGCACCCCACACGAGACACCCACACACGUCCUCGUCACCAUCCUGGAGGCCACAGGCACGAACUUCCGGCCAGAGGGACACAAAUUCAGUGCAAAAUGGAAUGGAUGCGAUAUGAUUCAAAAAAUGGACUUAAUGCAAUUAUUUUCUACCUUGUACAUACUAUUUAUAUGAAAUUACACUUAGGACUUAAGUACCAUGUAUCUAAGAAAAGAGAAUUGUUGAGAAAAUUAUCCUAAAAGGAUGGAUUUUAUGAGAAAAUAAAGAGAUUUGUUGGUUAAAAA